AGCUCAGUUCUGCGCUUUUGAGUUGCACAAAGCCGCCACUGAACGGCAAAGGACAGCGAAUAUCACGUCCAGAAAUGGCCGCCGGAAAUAGAAUCGAAGCUUAUGAGGAUUUCGUUGAAGUCCAUGGUUUGCUCCUCGCUGCCUCUGGACUUCCUCAAUCUUUACACCGUCAACUGUUUCAGAAACUGACUUCGGAGACCUUUGACGGUGGCGCUCACUUUCAAGUCGAACCGUUCGAGGAUGGGCGCUGUAGACGGCUCGUCCUCUCCUCAGACUUCAUGGCCAAGGAAUCGCACGUGUUCCUCGUCGACCAUGCCUGGACUUUCCGUCUCUCCGACGCUUACAAUCAGUUGCUGGAAGUGCCGGGAUUGGCCGAGAGAAUGGCGUCCUUGAUGUGUGUAGAUGUUGACAUGAAUUUGGAUGAGGACGUGAAAGAGGAAGAAGUAGAUCAACAGAGUGUUUGGGAACUAUUGGAGAGUGAAAUACAUGGUGCAAAAGAAGAAGGAAAUGGCUCUGUGAGAUGGUUGGAGCUUGAGGAUCUUCAAAUUGAUGAUGAUACACUCUUGUCCCUCGAUUUGCCAACUAAGUUUCCGGAUUUACUGGCACUUAGCUUGACUGGAAACAAGCUUAGUAAUGUAGAUGUGGUCGCUCAGGAAGUUGCUAAAUUUAAACAUCUUAGAGCACUUUGGUUGAACAAUAAUCCUGCUGUAGAAAACUGUGAUGAGAUCCUGCAGCAGAAAGUUCUUGAUGGAUCUCCAAAUUUGGAAAUCUACAACUCACGAUUUACUCAUAACUUUUCUGAGUGGGCAUUGGGCUUUUGUGGAGAUAUAUAUGAAAAGGAUAAUCCUGGAAGCAUCUACCCAGCUGAUCACUCAUUGCAGGACGUUACUAGUCUAGACCUUUCACAUAGAUGUAUUCACAAUUUAAACAACAAGGCCUUUUCUCCUGUUGAGUUGCCAUCUCUCUCGUACUUGAAUCUUCGGGGAAAUCCCUUGGAACAGAAUUCAGUUGGUGACUUGUUGGAAAUCCUGAAGGGAUUUCCUUGCUUAAGUUCUCUGGAGGUGGAUAUUCCCGGUCCUCUUGGAGAGAAGGCUGUAGACAUUAUUGAAUCUCUCCCCAAUCUGCAUACUCUGAAUAGCAUUGACGUAAAAAAAAUAUUGAAUUCUGGAAAGCAUGUCAUUGAUUCAAUGCUUCUGCCGCGCCUCCCUGAGUGGACUCCUGAAGAGCCUCUCCGUGAUCGAGUUAUAAAUGCAAUGUGGCAAUAUUUGAUGACAUACAGACUAGCAGAUGAGGAAAAGAUUGAUGAAACCUCUGUUUGGUACGUGAUGGAUGAGCUAGGUUCAGCUUUGCGGCAUAGUGAUGAGCCAAAUUUCAGAGUGGCUCCUUUCCUCUUCAUGCCAGAUGGAAAGCUAGCGUCAGCCAUAAGCUUCACCAUAUUAUGGCCUAUCCUCGAUGUUCAGAAAGGUGACGAAUGCACUCGUGAUUAUCUCUUUGGCAUUGGGGAGGACAAACAACGGUCUGCUAGACUUACAGCUUGGUUUCAUACUCCACAAAACUAUUUUGUUCAUGAGUAUGAGAAAUACAUCAGGAAUCUGCAGUCAAAAGCGUUGGCUUUGCCCAUACCUCAAACCACAUCAAACACGGAAGGACGGCAUCAGAUCAAAGGAGGCACUUUACGUGUUUACACUGACAAUCCUCAAGUUGAAGAAUAUUUAAACCGCCCUGAAUUUAUAAUUACUAGCGAUCCAAAAGAGGCAGAUAUUAUAUGGACAAGUAUGCAGAUUGAUGAGGAUACGAAGAAGGCUACUGGGAUAACAGAUCAGCAAUAUGUAAACCAAUUUCCCUUCGAAGCUUGUCUUGUCAUGAAACAUCAUUUGGCAGAGACUGUGGAGAAGGCACAUGGAUGUCCCGAAUGGUUGCAGCCUACAUACAAUCUCGAGACACAUUUAUCCCAACUUAUUGGUGAUUAUCUUGUGCGUAAAAGAGAUGGUUUAAAUAAUUUAUGGAUACUGAAACCUUGGAAUAUGGCACGGACGAUAGAUACUACAGUCACCGACAACCUAUCUGCUAUUAUCCGUCUCAUGGAAACUGGUCCUAAGAUAUGUCAAAAGUAUAUUGAGCAUCCUGCUCUGUUUAAUGGGAAGAAGUUUGAUCUGCGUUAUAUUGUACUCGUACGAAGUAUGAAGCCUUUGGAAAUCUUCCUCGCAGAUUCUUUUUGGGUUCGAUUGGCAAAUAAUCCAUAUUCUUUAGAAAAGCAGAGUCUUUUCGAGUACGAGACUCACUUUACAGUUAUGAACUACCGUGGAAAAUUAAAUCAUAAAAACAUAGCAGACUUUGUCAAGGAAUUUGAGCAAGAGCACAAUGUCAAGUGGUUGGAUAUCCAUUCAAGAGUGAGAAGCAUGAUCCGGUCAGUUUUCGAGUCGGCUGCAAUGGUUCACCCUGAGAUGCAUAGUCCAUUCUCUAGAGCCAUGUAUGGUCUAGAUGUGAUGCUUGAUUCCUCAUUUCAACCAAAGCUAUUGGAGGUGACUUACUGCCCUGAUUGCACCAGAGCUUGCAAGUACGACGUCGAAAAUGUUUUUGGAGAUGGAAUUAUAAAAGGUCGAGAAUUCUACAAUGACGUAUUUGGUUGCCUCUUCUUAAACGAAACUACGCAUGCCACUCCAUUGUAACUGAACCACAGCUCAAUUUUGUAAACAGUAAAUACCGGAGGAUUUUCUCCUUUUCUUUUUUUUGUUGAGGUUUGUAUUAUUAAUUUGAUGUCAUGUUUUGUAUUGAAAUUGAUAUUCCAGAUA